CCUGACAUCGCUAAGUAUCGUUUGCCGUACCUGGAGCUCGGUAGCGCUUCCUCGACUUUAUCACACGCCUCACUUCACUACGCUUGACCAGCUAAACCGAUUUGCUUACAGUAAACGAUUUUUUGAAUAUGUUACUGUGCUUGAUCUGAGCAGCGUCAGCCACCUUGUCACUGACAAACAUCUGCAUAAUUUAUGCGACACCGGCAGCAGUAGCACUUUGACCAGUACACUGCCUUUAUCCUUGGGCUACAUCAACCUCAGUGACUGCGACAAACUAUCAACACACUCUUUAAAUCGUAUGAUCAAACGGUCCAUCCACAACCUGCGUACAGUCAUAUUAACCAACUGUAAGUUGGAUAUGGAAACUCUCGAUCUGCUCCGACUCGCAAGCCGGAAGCACCUUAGCAAGUUGGAUCUCAGUGGAACUAUGGUAUUACCUUGUCAUGCAAUUGACACGCCGAACCAUCUGGAAAACCUUAUCGAGCCCGGUCUGUCGCAGCUGCGAGACUUAAAUGUCGGUGGAUGCAACUGGGUGGACUCGCACACGGUGACCAAUAUUGGUCGUGGUUUACCACGACUGGUCCGACUGAACCUUUUCUGGUGCGAUCAAGUAUGCUUUACGACGUGCUUAAACAUGGUACGGCGGCUGGGUCAUCUGCGACACUUGAAUCUGCAGCAUAUCCCUGCAGUCAGCUCAAAGGACAAAGCCAUGUUAUUGUUGAAUAAUGGACAAUUAGAAUCCAUUGAAUAUAGUAAUCGACGACGCAGAACUGUUUUGCAAAAAAGUUGCUGAUAAAAUAAAAAAAGUUUGUAGUCGAUGAAACCUUGUGUGAUCAUGAAUGAGCUUGUUGUGCCCCGGGCACAUUUUGCUCUUGGAGCUUUGUAAUUAAUAACUUUUCUCGAUUUUUUCUUUUGAUCAAAAAAGCCG